AUGGCAGAGAAGAGCCUCAUUCCCGCCUAUCUAUUCGGCACCUCAUUGCCGAAGAUGUACGUGCCCAUCGUUCUGUCGGAUUGCUCCGACUGCUCCUCUGUGUCCGCGGUUUCGGACGCACUCCAGACGGGAGACUGUAGCGACUCGACCUUGACGCCGACUUCGAGUCUUGAAAGCUCUCCCGCCUCGACCCGCCAGACUUCGCCUUCAACCGACAGCACCCGUAGCACUCUCAGUUACCGCCCUAGCUCGGCUGGGGCCAGCACAAUUGGCCGCGGAUCAUCACUUUCGCCUUCCGUCCACGGCUCGCCUUCGAAGGUCGAGUCGGCAUUUGCUGGCGUCUGCGCAAGCAAAUCCAAGACUGGGUCUCCGCCUACCUGCGCCGGGGCUCCUUCUCAUACCGUUCAGUCGAGCGCUCUUGGGCCGUCAGAACCCUCGGCCACAAACACUACCAACUCUGCCAUCGCCACCCAUACCGAGACGGGUCACGCAAGUUCCCACGGGGCAUCAACUUUCGACCGUCAGCCUGCGGUCAGGAAGCGCCCUGUCGAAGAGGACGACAAAAAGCCUUGGCUGAUCGAGUGGGAGCGUCGCAAGCACACUGCUUCGAAGCGUCAUAUCAAGACCUACGCCCCCAGCGAGCUGGCACUCUUCGUCCGCAUUGGCAAUCGCACACAGCCAAUGAGGGCAUGGAAGACCACGACUGUCUACAGCGUUAAGGUGAGACGGGCUGUGUCAGAUUCGGCUGACCAUCCAGAUCUGGGUUGCUUACCAGUACUUCCGCAAUCAUGGUCCUCAGGCUCUUCAGUUGGUUUGAGGGGAGAAAGCUGCUAA